GGAACAAAAGAGUGAAUGUGGAUCCACAAUGCGAGUUCCAAACAGUCCAAGGACAAUGAGAAAAGUCGUUACCGCCAGUUCUGCCAAGUCCGAGGAUGAGCAAAACGACUUGUCGUCCACCCCAUUCAGUUCCCCCAUUCAAGAUCGAAAACCACCUCAAGAUCCCGUUCUGACAGCCCGCCUAAAAGAGGCCAUUGCCGCCGAAAAGGAAAACAUGCUUCCCACUAAUCCGGCCACUCCCCCUAUCAAGGACUUGUGGACCGCGGAUGGUCUGCCCAACAUGGGCUUUCACAAGAGCCGCGAUCGUACCCGAAGACCCGCUGUGCUCCGGUUGGUGGAACGCAAGCAAGCCCAAAAGGAGAAGGAACGUGAACGCGACCGCAAAGCACGCGCCAAAUCAUCUGAAACUAUUCGAACUAGCAACAUCGUCCAGCCAAUGUCCUCCCUUGGACUUUCUUCGACAUCUUUCACUUCACGCUUUGCCAGUUGUGAAUCUUCGAAUGGACAGAGUACGUCGUCCUGUGUGAGCUCAAAUGAGCACAUCUCCGAGAAGCAUCGGAGAUUUUCGUCGAAUGACGUUCCAAAUCUCGCAAACUUGACCACAGAGCGAGUUGGAGCCGUGAGGAGGAGUGCCAGCUCGUCCAGGCACAAAAGUCAGGAGAGGAGCGAAAUCCUCACCAAAACCUACAUUCGCAUUGGUCCAGGCAAACCUGUUCAAAUUAGGGAACACUCCCCGUCGAAAACUCCACCUUCGGCUAGAAAACCCUCCCUACCCGAGGAGGAUGAAAGUGAUAUUGGCAGCUUUGCCGCCCGCCUCCAGAGGGAGAAGUCAACCAGCUCCUCCCCAACCUACUCCAGAGCGUCUUCACCGUCAAAGAAGAGUGAUCUUCUAUUUAACUUUGAUCACAAGCCCUUGAAAAGCACAAGCCUUUUAAAAGACAUUUCCAAUAAAGACAAAUCCGAAAAGAGCCAGCCUGAGCCACGCCAGAGAAAACGAAGUUACAUCACUGAAAAGACAAUCAACCUUGGACCGCCUGAACGACCGCGCCGAAGUGCCAGUGAGCACAAUUUCCAAUCGUCCAGACACUCAGGCGCCCCAUCUCCGACGUCUGCCUCAGCAUCAGCAUCAGCCUCUGCAUCCCCGCCCAGUUCCACCAUUCACGAGUCCAAAAGUUGGUCUGCCAACUCGUUGCCUAGAUAUUCCUCAGAUAGGGACUUCCAUCCCAACUCUCCCUGCUCAUCACCAGCCACGUCAACGUCUUCAUCAUCAAAAGCCACCACUGCCAGCUUCUCGUCGUUUUCAUCCAGCUCAGGAAAAUUUGGUGGAUCUUCGGAGAGUGUCAGUUCCAAUUCCAGUACCGAUAGUCAUCUCUCUCAGAGGCGGAAAUCGCUGGAAAGGCGAUUUCAGACACGCUCCAGUCGGCUGAGCUCCUCGCCGGAAAGAAGGCCUGUCCCAGAGGCUCCUCCGAGUGCCGCAAGUCCUGCUAGUAGUGCCAGUAGCGGUUUUAGUAGUGCCAGCUCGCGGCUUCUGUACAAUUUGAGUAGUGGAUACCGCUACCAUCGAGCUGCAGUGAGUGCCAGUGCUUCCAACCGACCAAGGCGUUUCUCCCAAGAUCAUUCCAGUGACUCGUCCACGUCCUCCUCCAAGCCAUCAAAAUCAGGUGGUCAUGGCAAGAGUGGCAAGGAUCCUAAACGGAAGAUUUCAUUGCCUCCAACUUGUUACGAGGACCCGGAGAGGAGCAUUGCAGGCGCAAAACGUUUGGCUGACCAAAAGAAGGACCAAGGCAAUGAACGCUACAAGACCAAAAACUAUCGAGAGGCUCUUCAACUCUAUUCUGAGGCCAUUACUCUGGACCCAGAAUGUCCGGCCUACUACAGCAAUCGAUCUGCCUGCUACAUGAUGCUGGCCCAAUUCAAUGAUGGCCUCAAGGACGCCAAGACCUGCGUGGAGCUGGAUUCGGACUUCACCAAAGGCUACAUCCGAAUGAUCAAAUGCUGUGUGGCCCUGGGCGAAGUGGCGUCAGCCAAGCAAGCCCUUCAAAGGGCCCUCGAGAUUGAGCCCGACAAUGCCGGCCUGAAAUCGGAAAAGAAUUCGGUCGACUCCUUGGAGAAGUUCAAGAAUGAAGCUCAAAGCGCCUUCAAUGACAAAGAGUACCGGAAAGCGCUCUACUGCCUUGAUCGAGCCCUCACUAUCGCUACAGCCUGUCGCAAUCUGAAGAUCCUUCGUGCGGAAUGUCUGGCCUUCCUGGGCCGCAUUCCCGAAGGCCAAGAAGUAGCCAAUGACCUUCUGCGAGCGGAUGGCCGCAAUGCGGAUGCUAUGUAUGUUCGCGGACUCUGCUUGUACUAUGAAGACAACCUGGACAAAGCCUUCUCACAUUUCCAACAAGUUCUGAGAUUGGCACCUGACCAUAGGGCCAAACACGUGUACAAGAAGGCCAAGCUUCUCAAGCAAAAGAAAGACGAGGGAAACGCAGCCUUCAAGGCCUCCAAGCUCAGCGAGGCCCUGAGCUUGUAUUCCGAAGCCCUGGAGAUCGAUCCAUUGAACAAGACCACCAAUGCCAAGCUGUUUUUCAACCGUGGGACCGUCGCAGCCAGGAUGAGCAAAUGGCAACAAUCCGUGGACGAUUGCACAGCAGCGCUGAACUUGGAUGAUGGUUAUCUUAAAGCCCUCCUGCGAAGAGCCAAAUCCCUGAUCGAACUCGAGUCCUACGAGGAAGCUGUUCGCGAUUGUGAAAAGGCCGUGCGGUUGGAUCGAUCCGUGGAAACGAAAAGACUCCUGCAACAGGCUAAAUUGGAAUUGCAAAAAAGCAAGAGGAAGGACUACUACAAGAUCCUCGGGGUGAGCAAAACCGCCUCCGACGAUGAGAUCAAGAAAGCCUACCGUAAACGGGCUAUGGUCCACCAUCCGGAUCGGCACGCAAAUGCUACCGAAGAGGAAAAGAAAGAACACGAGAAGAAAUUCAAAGAGGUCGGUGAGGCCUACGGCGUGUUGACGGAUUCCAAGAAGAGGACGAGAUACGACAAUGGUCAUGAUUUGGAUAAUUUGGACGGUGGCCAUGGGUUCUCAGGACAUGGAGUUGAUCCCUCUGACAUUUUCCAGGCCUUCUUCCAUGGAGGCGCUGGCGCGCCUAACAUGGGUGGAGGUAUGCCUGGGGGAACCCAUUUCUCCUUUGGCGGCAUGGGCGGAGGAGGAGGUGGAGCCGCACCCGGCGGAUUUUCGUUCCAAUUCGGUUAAGGCCGAUGGCUGAAUCAGAUGUUCGUUUGAAUGAAACAAUUGCUCCCUUGGCCUAGCCUUGUUAAGAAAAGAAAUAUACAUGUGAAUCCAUUUUUCAA